UGUCAGUUCAAACUAACCACAUCCAGAGAGAGGACGGCUUGAAGAGAGGACACGGCCACUUAAACCUGUUCCAGCAGCCCACACUGCAUCUUCACUCAGAGAGAGAAUGUCUGCCGGGUCUGAGGAGGAUCUCUCCUGUCCUGUCUGCCGUGAUAUCUUCAAAGACCCUGUUGUCCUGGCAUGCAGCCACAGCUUCUGUAAAGACUGUCUGCAGAACUGGUGGACGGAGAAAUACAUACAGGAGUGUCCAGUUUGUAAGAGAAGAUCAUCAAGGGGUGAUCCACCUUGUAACUUGGUGCUAAAGAAGCUGUGUGAGGCCCUCUUACUGAAGAGAGAGACGAGGGCUUCAGCAGGGUCUGAGACUCUCUGCUGUCUGCACUCUGAGAAGCUCAAACUCUUCUGUCUGAACCAUCAGCAGCCGGUGUGUGUUGUUUGUCUGCAUUCAGAAACACACUCUGGACACACAUUCAGACCUGUUAAUGAAGUCGCACUGGAUCACAGAAAGGAGCUCCUGAAGUGCCUGAGGCCCUUACAGCAGAAACUGAGGCUGUUUGAAGACGUUAAAGGAAACUGUGACCAAACAGCAAAACACAUUAAGGUCAGGGCCCGACACACAGAGAGGCUGAUUAAGGAGCAGUUUAAGAAGCUUCACCAGUUUCUUCAAGAGGAAGAGGAGGCCAGGAUCUCUGCUCUGAGGGAGGAAGAGGAGCAGAAGACUCGGAUGAUGAAAAAGAAGACUGAGGCUCUGAGCAGAGAGAUAGCAGCUCUUUCAGACACAGUCAGAGCCACAGAGGAUGUUCUGAGAGCUGAAGACGUCUCAUUCCUGCAGAACUACAAGGCUGCAGUGGACAGAGUCCAGCAGCGCCCCCUGCUGGAUGAUCCACAGCUGGUCUCAGGAGCUCUGAUAGAUGAGGCCAAACAUCUGGGCAACCUGACCUUCAACAUCUGGAAGAAGAUGAAGGACAUGGUCUCCUACACUCCUGUGAUUCUGGAUCCAAACACUGCUCAUCCAGAACUCAUCCUGACUGAAGAUCUGACCAGUGCGCUAUUUGGAGAGAAACAGAAGCUUCCUGAAAACCCAGAGAGGUUUGACUACUUUCGGAUUGUCCUGGGCUCCGAAGGUUUUAACUCAGGGACUCACAGCUGGGACGUUGAGGUUGGAGACAACACAGACUGGUUUGUUGGUGUGGCAGCAGCGUCUGUCCAGAAGAAGGGAAAACACCCAUGUAGUUUAUGGAGAGUAGGGUACCUUAACGGUAAAUACACAGCACGCUCUCUAUCAGACCCCUCCAUAGUUCUGUCAAUGAGGAGGAAGCUCCAGAGGAUCAGAGUUAAACUGGACUGGGACAAAGGAAAUCUGUCAUUCUCUGAUUCUGACACUAACACACACAUACACACCUUCACACACACGUUCACUGAGAGGCUGUUUCCAUACUUUAACACUAUAAAUGCACACCCACUGAAGAUAUUACAAAUUCCUGUCUUUGCAGUAGUAUGACAAGGAGCCUUAUCCUGAUGCUGAUCUUAUUCAGGAGAUCAUGUUUAUAUGGAACAUGAGAAACCUGAGACACCUGAACUACAAAGCCAGUUCAGCAUAUCUAGGACAUCUUUUUGUUACGUGCUUUGACCAACCCUAACAUUUGCUGUCUGGAUAACAGGUAAAACAAAGCUGUUUAUCAACUAAUUUAGUCAACUCUGGGUUUUCCUACCCUGAAGUUACCCCGCUAACUAGUACAGGCCUCAGGUUAUUCUUUUCCUUGUAUACAAGACGCUGCUGCCACUGCCAAGGACAAAAGCAGACUGCAGAGCAUCAUUUGCUCCGCCGAGAAGGUGAUUGGCUGCAAUCCGCCCUCCCUCCAGGACCUGCACGCCUCCAGGACUCUGAGGUGCGCAGGAAAGAUUGUGGCUGAUCCCUCCCACCCUGGACACAAACUCUUUGAGACUCUCCCCUCUGGCAGGAGGCUGCGGUCCAUCACGACCAAAACCUCACGCCAUAAAAACGGUUUCUUUCCAUCUGCAGCUGGCCUCAUCAAAAAAAUAGCCCCCCCCCCCCCCGGACCUAACACACAGUCGGACAUCUCUUCAUCAUCUUGGUCAUUCACCUGUCACACACUGCAUUCCGUUGAUUUUGCACAUCCAUACUUUGCACACAACCCUAUUCAUAUUUACAGUGUACAUAUUUUUUAUAUUACUAUUAUUAUUUGCAUUCAGAUUUUAUAUUUAAUUGUUUAUAGUAUUUCCUUUUUAUACUUAUACUUCUAAUUACUUUUUAUUUUUAUGUAUUUUAUAUUCUUUGUUAUGCACCAAUUCACCAAGUCAAAUUCCUUGUAUGUGAAAACCUACUUGGCAAUAAAACCGAUUCUGAUUCUGAUCACACUAGUAUCCAGGGAUCUGAUCAUGUGAGUGCAGUUGUGUUCAUUUCUUUCUAUCUUAGC